ACACAGGCCAUAACAAUGCACACUGACACAUCGCUACAGCCACCAGUGAACACUUAUGUCGCCACCAAGCGAAACUUUCUGAAAACCGUGACAACAUUAUUAUAUUAUUACAUCACAUUAUAUUAUGUACCUUUCAUUGCGAUACCAUCAGCACCAUGGUUUCCCUUCUCUCUCCGGCAGAGCUACAAACUUCCUGAAGAACUGCAUGAGGAGCUGCUCUCAACAGUCAGUCGCCGGGACGACGUGCAGGCGGUGUCCACCCUCAUAUGUAAGGGCGCGCCCAUAGAGCUCCUGGAUGGCCUUUCUGUCCUCAGACUGGCUGUCACCACCGACCGCAUAAACACCGUCAGCCUGCUGCUGGCUAGCGGUGCACCGCUGCCUGCCAGCCUGCUGCAGGAGGCUUGGCAGAGCCCCGACGUGACUCACAGGGUGCUGGCCACCCUCACCACCGCCUACUGCUGCCGGCUGCGUGCAGAGCAGCGUCGCCUGGAAAAGGUCAGCAGCGCCCUUGUCGAGGGCAUCGACAAUCUAGUGACAACCAUCGAGGGAAAUACUCCCUGGCAGGCAGCCUGGCGAUGGGGAAAGGAGACUGACCGGCCAGCACUGAGCGACCUCCUGGCAAAGGCAGCGGCUGCCAACUGCCCCGUGACUGCCGCCUUCCUGCAUAUGGCAGGAGGGUGGACAGUCUUUAAUGGAGCCUCUGGUGGCACUGCCCUCCACGCUGCCCUGGAGGCUGGCCACAAAGGCAUGGCCGAGCUGCUGAUUAGGGACCUUGGGGGCUGCCCGUGCGUGCCGGACACACAUGGUCGCCUUGCAGUGCACAUGAUGCCUCACGAGGAGCAACAGAGGCUGGAGCAGGUGAGGCUGCUUGUCUGUGUACUCUUUUACAUAAGAACAUAAGAAAUAAGGGAAGCU